UUCCCACCUUUCUUUCUCUCCAAGACUUCACCCCUCAACGCAGGCCCCUCUGGCUGGGAAUGAGGGGACCUGUAGUCCAGACCUGUUGGAAGUCCCCUGAAAAGCCGGGCUAAGAGUGGAAUCCUUCCGUGCCGGAGACAGAGAGUUGGUUCUCGAACGGAUGCCUGGCCUCUCUUAGAUUCCACAGCUCUGUUGCUGUGUACAUCUCCUUCGCCUAGCAACCGGCCAGGCAUUCUGCCUUUUAAAGUGCCCCUGUUCCAGUUCCUUUUCCUCCCCUCCUCCUCCUACUCCCCCGAAGGGCAGGCUCUUCACUGAAAAGUCAGCCAUGGCGCCCAAGAAAAGGGGGCGCAAGAAAGAGGAAGCCCCCAAAGAGCCAGAGGUCGAUGAAAAUAUUGUGCCAGAACACAGCCGAGAGUUUUAUCUGAUCCAGAUCCGAGAUUUGGAAGGGCGCCUGGCCCGGUACCAGCAGAAAUGGGACCAGCUACAGGUAAGCGAAGAACUUUUCCGGAGCGAGUACGAAAAAAUGCUGACCGACAACAAGGAGAUUGUGGCGUUCCUGAAGAAGACGCUCAACCAGCGGGUGGACGAGAUCGCGGAGUUGACCGUCCAGUUGCAGAAUCUCCAACAGGCCAAAGACUUUGAGAAGGACGCCUUUGAAACACAGCUGGUCCAACUGAGGCACGAAUUCCAGGAAACCAAAGACCAGCUGACCUCGGAGAAUAUGGUGCUGAGUGGGAAGUUGGCCGCGCUGGAGGAAUUUCGGCUGCAAAAAGAUGAGAUUUUGGCCAAAUUUGCCGAGCGGGAAAAUCAGCUGAGAAAGGAAGAGGAGCAACACAAGGACAUCAUCUAUAACCUCGAACGGAAGGCAGUGAUUGAUAAAGAGAGAAUGAAGAAGGACAUGCUUCACCGGGUGAACGCCGUGGCGGCCGAGUUCCGCAAAGUGGCCAACAACCAGAUGGCGGAGACCACCAAGCGCACCAUCCGGGAGAACGUGGCCAUCAGCCUGCAGCUGACCAAGGUGACGGAGCAGAGCCUGCAGCUGAUCCAGGAGAACGAGCGCCUGAAGGAGAGCCGUGCCGAGGCCAUCAAGCAGCUCCAGCUGCUGGAGCAGAACGAGAAGAGAAUGGUCACCAACAGCCUCAGCCACCAGAAGAUCAUCUGGAUGUUGACGGAAAAAUGCAAAGAGCUUCAAAGUCAGCUGGACGAUCAUCUAAAAACGAAGAGCCUCCUGGCCAAAGUGCAGAAGUCAAACGAAGGCCUCUUCCAGGAGAAUUUUGUCCUCCGAGACGAACUGAGCAUAUUGAAGGAAGACCUGAGCCAAAAGCUAGCCAAGGAGCACGACCAGAUAAAGUUGCUGCAGAGCGAACAGCAGCGCAGGGUGAAUGCGGAGAGGCUCCUGAAGUACACAGCUCAGGGCCUGAAGGACGUGCUGAAGGAACGGCCGCUGGCGGAGGAGGAAGACGGCGACUUUGACGUGGUGUUCCAGCUGCGGCGUAAAAACGCCCUGCACGGCAUCCUACGCUUCGUCCAGAGGAGUGUCGCCCGACUGGAGGCUCAGCCGGGCCCCCACCCCGUCACAAUCGACAGCAAGGUGGUCAAAGUCACCAACCUGUCCAGAAGCGUCUCCAGCGAAUGGCACACGAAGGCCUCGCGCACCACCUCCCACUGCAACCUGUUAAAGAUGCCCAGGCCGGCGCACAGCCUGCCGUCCCUUGAAUCCGUAUCCGUGUCAUCCACGCAGCUGAUCCGGCUUCGUCCAUACGGCAGCGCCAACGAGUCUUUACUGUCAUGGAGAGCCGAGAAUAACGGUAAAAGCAACCUGCCAGACAGGAAUGCGAGCCAGGAAGAGGUGCAGACGUCGGAGGAGCUGAUCAUCCGUGAAGAGUUGCCGGAAAUAGUGGUUCAUCUCGCCAAGCAAGAACUGCUCAGCAAGUAGGGCGGAA